AUGGUCAGCUCCUGUUGUGGCUCUGUCUGCUCUGAGGAGGGCUGUGGCCAAGGCUGCUGCCAGCCCAGCUGCUGCCAGCCCACCUGCUGUAGGCCCAGCUGCUGUGUGUCCAGCUGCUGCAGACCCAGCUGCUGUCAGUCUGUGUGCUGCCAGCCCACCUGUUGCCGCCCCAGCUGCUGCAUUUCUAGCUGCUGCAGGCCUUCCUGCUGCCGCCCCAGCUGCUGUGUGUCCAGCUGCUGCAGGCCCUCUUGCUGCAUCUCCAGCUGCUGCCGCCCCUGCUGUAGCAGUUCCAGUUGCUGUGUGUCCAGCUGCUGCCGCCCCAGCUGCUGCAGGCCUUCCUGCUGCCAACCCAGCUGCUGUCGCCCUAGCUGCUGUGUGUCCAGCUGCUGCAGGCCUUCUUGCUGCAUCUCCAGCUGCUGCCGCCCCUGCUGUGGCAGUUCCAGCUGUUGUGGAUCAAGUUGCUGUCGCCCCAGCUGCUGUGUGUCCAGCUGCUGCAGGCCUCAGUGCUGCAUCUCCAGCUGCUGCCGCCCUACCUGCUGCCAGACCUCUUGCUGCCGCCCAGCAUGCUCUAGCUGUUCUUGCUGCUGA